UGUUCCACUCCCACCCUUCCAGUCUCCAUCACAAUCCCGCCUGCCUCUUCAUCUCUCUGAGCUGCUGCGGCGGCUGCAUCUCUCCCCUCUCUCGGAUCCAACCGGGUGCACAUUGUGCCGGGACCCCCUGCGCUCCUCCACCUUGCAUCGCGCCGGACAUGUGACCGUAACAGCGGGCGAGAGAGAGAGAGAGAGAGAGGGAUCUUUUCUUUGUGGCUCGUUACCUCGUGAUAGAUGUAGAGAGCUGUAGGGGGACCUCUGCGAGGCUGGCGUCCGCUUUGACAGAGCUCUGUGUUAUCCUGAGGCAUGCGGACUGAAGCGGGAACUCAGAGGGGCUCUGUGGUGCCCACCGCCUCUCUCUGAAGGGAUUGGCCCGUAUUUUGCGUGCGGUUGUACCCAAGCCUCUCCGGGAGGGCCGACUCCCAGGUAGCGGAGGGGCGGUGUUGUCGUGAGGCUCUAGUCAGAGAGGAGCCGCUUGCGGACUGGGCUUCCACUGAGGGGCGCCCGCGGGCGACAGCAGAGUCCAGCACCAUGCCUGACGCCAACUACCUGCUCUCUGUCUCCUGGGGAUACAUCAAGUUCAAGAGGAUGCUGAACCGAGAGCUCAACCACUUGUCUAUGAUGAGCCAAUCGGGUAGCCAAGUGUCAGAGUACCUCUCCAACACCUUCCUCGACCAGCCCCACGACGUGGAGCUGCCCUGCCCGGUGCCCAAGGCCCAGGGGAGGAAGAGGAGGCAGGGCCCCCAGAGCCAGCACGGCUCCCAGCACGCCGCCGUCCAGCACCAGCAGGCCGGCGGGGGCGGGACCCUGCCCCAGAUCAGCGGCGUGCGCAAGGUCAGCCUGACCUCCGGCGCCGUGGUCAGCCGCUUCGGCGUGAAGACGGACCAGGAGGAGCUGCUGUCCAAGGACCUGGAGGACGUCAACAAGUGGGGGCUGAACAUCUUCAGCGUGGCACUGCACUCCCACAACCGCCCGCUCACCUGCACCAUGUACGCCAUCUUCCAGGAGCGAGACCUGAUGCGUACGUUCCGGAUCCAGGCGGACGUCCUGGUGACCUUCCUGCUGACGCUGGAGGACCACUACCACAGCGACGUGGCGUACCACAACAGCCUGCACGCCGCCGACGUGGCCCAGUCCACGCACAUCCUGCUGUCCACGCCCGCGCUCCACGGAGUCUUUACAGACCUAGAGGUCCUGGCCGCCAUCUUUGCUGCUGCUAUCCAUGACGUGGACCACCCGGGGGUCUCAAACCAGUUCCUCAUCAACACCAACUCUGAGCUGGCCCUGAUGUACAACGACGAGUCGGUGCUGGAGAACCACCACCUCGCUGUGGGCUUCAAGCUGCUGCAGGAGGACAACUGUGACAUCUUCCAGAACGUCUGCAAGAAGCAGAGGCAGAUGCUGCGGCGGAUGGUGAUCGACAUGGUGCUGGCGACGGACAUGUCCAAACACAUGAGCCUGCUGGCCAAUCUGAAGACCAUGGUGGAGACCAAGAAGGUGACCAGCUCCGGAGUGCUGCUGCUGGACAACUACACCGACCGUAUGCAGGUUCUUCGUAACAUGGUGCACUGCGCCGACCUCAGCAACCCCACCAAGUCCCUGGACCUGUACCGCCAGUGGACCGACCGCAUCAUGGAGGAGUUCUUCCACCAGGGCGACCGCGAGAGGCAGCGCGGCAUGGAGAUCAGCCCCAUGUGUGACAAACACACGGCCUCCGUGGAGAGGACGCAGGUGGGCUUCAUCGACUACAUCGUCCACCCGCUGUGGGAGACGUGGGCCGACCUGGUGCACCCCGACGCCCAGGACAUCCUGGACACGCUGGAGGACAACCGCAACUGGUACCAGAGCAUGAUCCCCCAGAGUCCCUCCCCGCCGCUCUACAGCAGCGACGGGGAGGGGGGCCGGCCCGGCGAGGAGGAGGAGGAGGAGGAGGAGGAGGAUGAGGAGGAGCUGGAGGGGGGCCUGCUGGGGAGCUCCACCUUUCAGUUUGAGGUGACCCUGGAGCAGCAGGACAGCGGGCUGGGGACGGGGUCGGACGCCCCCCAAGAGGCCAACGGCGUGACGGACGGGGGAGGAGAGGAGGACAGGAACGGCGUCGCCCUGUCGGAGACAUAACAGGGCGGAGCUUUGUCCUCGCUACGGCGCGAAAGGCGCGUCGCUGCUUCUGAUUGAAAUGGUUUUAAAUCGCAGUGGAGAAAUCCUGCGAGCUGGCCUCCCACAGGCCGUUGACUAGGGGCCCAACCCCGGGGGGAGAGGGCUGGACACCCCACCCUAUGUGGCAAGGGUUCUCUUUUUGAGCACCACCUUCUAGCUCCCCGCUGGUGUAAAGGGUCAAGUGUUGCCGUGACAACAUGGAGCGGGGGGGGUGUUGCUGCUGUAGAACUGGUAGACCCCAAGAGGGUCUUGAGUGCCGUCCCUCCUGCCUCUAUGGAGGUGAAGGGAUGAGUCAUCAUCACACCAAACUGUAAAACGCUCUGGGUCACGCAAAGGUCUCAGAGAUCGCACUCUGAGGGAAAUAUUUAUGUUGAGUUUUAACUCUUUUUAUUGUGUUUGGAUCGGCUGAUAUGAGGUCACAUGUUCACCCAAACUACUGGUCUUUGUAUUAGUUUUUACAUGUUUUUGCUAACACUUGUCUAAAAAAGGUUGUGUGCCUUUGUUGAAGUUUUUUUACAACCCUUUCUUAGGUAAGUGUUUUUUUUAUUAUUAUUUAUUGAACGCACAAGUUGGUUCAUAACAAUUUGGGGUAUUUUUACUCAAAAGGAUAUGGUUGCGAGUCUCACUCAGUCUUCCUGUUGUUCUGGCAAUAGUGUUCGAUUUUUAUACAUCAAACUGUGAUUCAUGGAUGUAAUUAGUUGACUUCCCAGCACAAUUUGCACUUUGUGACAUUUGGGGCAGAGAGUACAUUUUCCACCUAGUUGCGGGACCUAAUAAGGAACAUUUAAAGCCAAAUAUUGAACAUAAUGUGUUUGUAUAGAUACAGAUUACAUUUUUUGGAGCUCAUAAGCAAUCAACCUUUUUAUAAAGAGUGAAAUUGCUCAUUAAAUGGGACGAGAACUCCAAAGAUUUUCAAAAUAAAAGCACUUUGACAUAAUUCACUGCCACCUUUGCAAUGUUCCCAGGUCAUCUUAAUUGAUUACACUAAAUCUCCAAUUCAACAAUAUUCAAUGUAGAUCAGACUCUGGGAGGAACGAGAACCACCCCAGUAUCACAACCAGUGAGCCCAGCUUAAGCCAAAACUUUUAAAAGUUGUGUGCAAACAUUAUGUCAGCGAGGACUUCAUGGGUAGGCUUUUCUUUUGUAUUAUAUUUGAUUAUCUAUUUAGCACUUUGAAUAAAGCAGGCGGGUCUGCAGCUGGUUGCAGCUCCCGCCACAUAACCUUGAAGGUACGUCGUCAGAAAAGCAUAGAUAUACGAUAAGGUGUGUUUGUGUGCGGGUGCGUGUGUGUGUGUGUGUGUGUGUGUGUGUGUGUGUGUGUGUGUGUGUGUGUGUGUGUGUGUGUGUGUGUGUGUGUGUGUGUGUGUGUGUGUGUGUGUGUGUGUGUGUACAUUUCGCACAAUAAUCUUCUUGCACCCAGCCUCGUUGUGGCUGCUGACCUUCAGCUGUUUGUAACAGUAUAUUUAUUACCUUUUACUUGGAUAGGAUAUAACAGUACUGCUUUGGAUUGAUGUAUUAUUUAUACGCUCCACCAAUCGAUGGAGAAUCUCUGGUGGCCCCACACAAUCAUUUUUAUCUCAUUGUUUUUUUUAGCUCAGUAUGUGACCUGAAAUUAUUACGGUUAUGGAUUUAGAUUUUGUUAUUUCAAAUAAACUUUUAAUCUCAAAUUUCUGAUUUUUCCACAAAGUCCCCUCUGUAGAAAGAGUUUGUACACAGAUGGACGAGCAGCCUCGGCUUGGAGGUGCUUGUCCGUCGCUCUGCUACUUUUCCUAACUGCUGCCUGAGGAGUGUUUAUAAUACAGUUAGAUGAUAUAAUGGCAAUAUAUUAUUACCUGACCGGUCAUUGAACAUCUGCCUGAGGAAAUAUAAAACUAUGUUUCCAAAAGAUUAUUCUCUCCCUCACACGAUGUAUUGUAACAUACUGUUCUCUGCUGGUUUUUCUAUAAUAUAUUAAAAUGAGCAUGAAAUAUUCAA